AUGAUUCUUGAGCCCAUUCCGCUGGAUCCUCCACUCUAUCCUUUCCUGACCCUCAAUCCUAUCCCCAAAAAUGCGAAAAGGGAAGCCAUCAAAUUCAUUCAGAGGCAGCGAGGAGCCAGCGUGGGCCCUGGCAGGCCCUGCAGCAUUUCUGACUCCUGGGGCCGGCCUUCAGGCCUCGCCCCAUGCUGUGGUGAGCUGGAGCGCUCACCAGUGUCUGCUGGGGCGCUGGAGGCUGACUUCUGUUCCAGACUGGUGGGCUGGGGAGACAAGACGGAACUAACUGACACAACUCCAGCAGAAUACUGCUAA